CAAAGCUUGUUUAGCCGCAGAUCAGCUGGGACAAUAACAACAAUAACGGCGGAUAUCUGUGGGGGGCUCGGGAGGACGCUUUUUCCGAAAGAACGACCGCYGCGGUGAUCACUUCGGAGUCCAUCGGCCGCGGCUUUGAAGCGUGCGCGCGUACUUUGACCGAUUUGUUUCCCUUUUAUUUCCAGUUUUGUCGGACUGCUUCCUGCCACACAUACUGUGCCAAUACAGUGGAGUGUAGUGCCCCAACAUAACCAGGGGACUGAAGAACUGCGGCUAAUCACUAAAGCUAACAUGCUAACCUGCCCUACAUUUUAAUACUCAACUUAAUGACUGCGUUUAGUCUCGGACUAGCGCGCGCAUUCAUAAAUAUCUUCUCAGAGAUGCUUCCGAUUUUACGGCGGUGCCUUUUGACUUCUCCGUGUUUUACAUCGAUCGCUGACUUUGAAAAGCUGCUGUAAAGUUUUCAUGCAGCGCUUUAGCCGAGCCCCGACUCGGCUUCGCGGAUCAAAUCUAUAGUUUUACGGUCGCAAAGGGCUCGUUUGGCGGCCGCGCGGCUUUGUUGAUUAACUUGUUUGUUGUUGCUCCAUGAGCUAGCCUGUUAGCUGUGUUUGGUAGCUGCGGAGCGUUCAGGCCGCGGCCGCUGACAGGAGACAUGAAAACAAAAGAUUAGCUUGCACCCAUAUGURGCUCACUUAUCUCCUGUGUUUUGAAAAACAAAAAAAAAAACUGCGAAUAUUUAGUCUCACUGUUAACAUUUCCUCGCUUUAUCCACAAGGCAAAGCUAUUAUUAUUAUGCAAUUUAGCAAUAAUAUUUCAUUUGCCACUUUCUCUUGUUUUGGCAGAAUAUCACGUCUCUUUGUUUCUAGUAGCUUGUUGAAUAGUUUCCACGUUAAAAUGUUAAACGUCAGKAAAACGCCUGUGUGUGAAGGACACUUGAGGAAAUGAUCCAGCUGUCAUUGAACUCCUGCAGAGCCUUGAGGCGUUUCCACUUUGCUCCCACACGUUGACAGGGUCCAGCAGAUGCCUGCAGGUGCAGGUUGGUGGUCUCAGUUCCCAGCAUCGUAGCCCGUGACCCCCCCUCAGUCCAGUCCAGCAGGACUUGGUGACCCAGUGCCAUGUCAGAGACGCUGAUAACGGGCCAGACGUCGGAGGAUCUGCUGGCAGACUUCGAGACCUUGCUGAACUCCGGGAGCAUCAGCCUGGGCGAGGACCACCAGAUAGUGAUCAUCACCAGCCCCAGCAAUGAGGGACUCCACCCCGCCGCAGCCCCCACCAGCACGGGGGAAAUCCUGCUGUUYGCCACGCCGCAGGGCCCCGCCAACGUCGGGGUCCAGGACAAGAGGCGACCUGCUCUGGGAAGACCCCCGGUGAAGAGGAAGCUGGACCUGGACAGUGACCACCAGUAUCUCAGCACCGCUCGACCAUCCACGGGUCAAGCUCCGCCUUCCACACCUGCUCCUCCGAGAGUCCCUCACUACAAGACGGAGAAGUCCCGCUACGACACGUCUUUGAACCUGACCACCAAGCGCUUCCUGGACCUGCUGUCUCAGUCAGACGACGGCGUGGUGGAUCUGAACUGGGCCUCGCAGGUCCUGGAUGUCCAGAAGAGACGCAUCUAUGACAUCACAAACGUCCUGGAGGGAAUCCAGCUCAUCUCCAAGAAGUCCAAGAACCACAUCCAGUGGCUUGGUAAUCGAAUCGAUGCCAACCUGGUUUCUCGGCACAAGGAGCUGCAGAGGGAGGUGUGUGACCUGACUGAGGCCGAGGAGAAGCUGGAUGAGCUCAUCUCCAAAUGCACCCUGCAGCUCCGACUGCUCACAGAGGACCCGCAGAACAAGAAGUUGGGUUACGUGCGCUGCCAGGACCUGAGGAAGUCGUCCGACUCUCCGGACCAGCUGGUCAUGGUGAUCAGAGCUCCACCAGAGACCCAGAUGCAAGUUUCAGAACCCAGCGAGAGUUACCAGGUGUCGCUGAAGAGCACGCAGGGUCCGAUCGACGUCUUCCUCUGUCCAGAAGACAGCUCCGGCGUGUGCAGCCCCAUGACGGGAAGCAGCCCCUCGAAAAGCAACGACGAGCCCUCCUUGGCCCCGCCCCCCUCGGGAACUGCAGGGCAGCCGCGGUCCGGAACGUGCACGCCGGCCAAGGACGAGAUCGCGUCAUCGCCGGCGUCCACGUCGUCCACGGUGACGGCGACRUCGCAGCAGGACGCCUCGUCGCUCGUGUUAGGUAGCGACUCCGAAUCGCUCCUGGGGGGCGACCCGUUCUCCAACCUUGGAGACAUCACAGACUUUGACCUCUUGCCCCUCUCGAGCUCGGACCUCUUGAACGGAGAGGGUCUUCCCCUCCCGUUGGAGUGUUUCAUCAACCUCUCCCCUCCUCACAGCUACGAUUACCACUUCGGACUGGAGGACCACGAAGGAAUCAGCGAACUGUUCGACUGUGACUUUGGCGACCUGUCGAAGGUUCUGGGGGACGGCUAGGGGCGAACGCCGAGUGGAGCCGCUAAGCCGUCCCCGGACGUAGGAUCAUUCGGGUUUCUAAAAGAACGUUGUCGGCGGACACUUUACGACCCGACGUCCUGUCAGAAAGACGAGCCGAACGUUUUUAACCGUGGCUUCGGGAGUCGUCUCUAAAAUUCCACCCUAGCAUCAAAAAAAUCUCUAUUUCUUUAAUUGUACAGAACAUGAUCAGCACUUGUCUGUGGCUGUUUAGUUUUUUUUUUUAAUUUAGAGCAAGACUUCAGCUUUAGUAUAGCUAUUUAAAUUAUUUAUACAAAAUUUAUUUUGAUAUUUUGUACCAAGUGAGGUUUUGGAUGUUGUUGAUGUUUUAUCCGAGUAGAUAGUGGAGGUGUUGCUGUGCGUGCAGCGUGGCAUCGGGGCUUUUAGUGGUUGGUUUCCUGAACACCGAUUCAAGACUCCGUUCGACUUGUGGGACUGGAGCUGUUUUUGCCACAAAACAAAAGAAAAAAAUUUAAUUAACGCAACAAAGUUACUUUUUUAAAAGCCGCUUCGGCGAAGUAGGUUUUAACUGGGUGGAUGGGUGAAUUUCCAAAAGCACGUUUUAUUGUUCUGGAGCAGUUUUACUCCCUUUUUUAAAGGUUUCCCCCAGCAAGAGAGCACGACAGAAACAUAAAACAUCCUCGACGCAUCUAAAACUGGAAUCCUGAAAAACUGGAUCAUGUUUGUUACCGAGAUCUGGACCUGAUCACGGAGGCUUAAGGAGCAGUCCCUGCCGGGUUUUCUAAGAAAAAGAGGUGAAAUCUGUAUCUUUUUCACUUCACACCAUAACAAGAACACAAAAUCAGGUCGUGUUUGUUGAUUUAACUUUAAUACUUAGAAACUAAAAAGAAAACAUAAUGAAAGUAAUCACCGUAUUCACACACCCCCCUCCCUCGGCUUUGAGUUGUUUCAGUCCGACUCGCUAGUAUGUGCUAGCUUGACUCGCUAGUAUGUGUUAGCUCGCUAUCCAGUCAUAACUGAAGCAUCGUUUCUGACUAUAAAUCAAACAUAAUGGUGAAAACCUUGAGUCAUUUCAUGCCUAUUACGAGUUUUUGUGAUUUCAUAGUUACAAAUGAUCACAAACGCGCGAAGCGAGCCGACGUCACGUGUUUAUCGGGGAAACAGCUGCGUUUGCUAUUGACACCAUUGUAACUGCAUGAAUUUAACGGGUAAAUUUACGCCGUUAUAAAUACCUGAUGUAUGUACUCUAAACUAAUUUGUGAUAAACUUUCCUUGAGGAUCGUAAAUGAGGAUUUUCAUUAAUAUCUAAGCUAUAUAUGUGCUAUUUGAGCUCGAUGAAUUUGCACAAUUACAAUGUUUUCACAGCAACCUCAGCAUUUACAUGGGUGACCUGUGACCUAUAGCUAGGCUUCGCUAUGCGCAUUUCUGAUAAAUUUCUAACUACAAAUUGGGCUAUUAAAUUGAACAAAUGUUUUAAAGAGCAAAUAUGACCUGAAAGUGAAAGUUUUAUAAAAGUUUAUAUUAGUUUUAUUAAAAAAGGGGGCAAAAGAAAUGUCAUCCUGAAUGGAGGUUUGAUCCCUUCAUAACCUCGUCAAUCGUGAUUUUAAAAAACACUUCACUGCAAGUUGACAAUAAUCAUUUUCAGAGUAGCCCCGAGGCGUAGGAUGCUUAAAAGACAAMAAUCAAUGUGGUUAAUGGGCUCAGAGCAAAGUGUGAACAGUGUUUUCUGUCGGUGUGUGGGAAGCCAGGUGAGGACAGCCUGCUGCAGGUGAUCCUGAUCAUGUUCUCUGUUUUUAAGUAGGCUGUAGUCUCAGGUGUUCGCAGCAGUCGAGUCUUAAUGUGUUUGAUUCCAGAAUAUUCAAGUGGGUUUU